AUGAAAUAGACAAAAGGUGUCAGAGAGAUGAAAGAGAUAAAUGCGUCAGAGACCACUGCUAGUUCUAUCUACUAAUCACAUGGCAGUGAGAUAAUGAAUGGACACAUGAAAUAGGUAUCUACAGGGCACCGAGAGGUUUGGCUACCAAUGUGAAGAUUUCAAGUUGAAGUUUGAACUGAAAGGAGGCAAUCCUGCUUAUCGCCUCGAUUGCUUAGCCGCCUUCGAGCUCCUGAACCAGUGUUCAACUGAUCCCCUCUCCUCCAGCAGCGUUGGCCACCCACGCCGCCACCUCCAUCCCUCCUCCUCUGCCGACAUCGGAGUUCACGGCCGCGACCGACAUGAAGCCACCUCAUCCUCCUCCGCCGCCGCCGACGCUUUCCGCUGCUGAGUCCGACGCGCCGCCAAAGAAGCGGAAGCUGGAAGAGGUGGGAUUCCAAGUCUCGCCCUACUACAAGAUCAGAGCAGCCAUCGCCAACCUCCGCGGCCGCUUCCUUCAGGUUUGCCAAGCUACUGAUUUCCAAAAGAAAGAUGCUGCUCUUGAGAUUCUGAAAGAGAUAAAAGUUGUCAUGGAAUUGUCCAAGAAAAUGAGGCUUGAUAUGUCUACUGCUGCUGAGCCUGUAAAACCAUUGGACAUUCCUGCAGUUAGAGCUGCCAUGAACAAGCCCACAGGAGAAGUCCUAUAUGGAGAGAAGAAUCAAGUGCCUCAGGUUGUCCAGGAGAAGGUGCCACUCGAGCCUGUUAGCUCGCAGACUGCUGCUAAGGGGAUACCUUUUGGCAUUCAGCAGGAAGCAGUAAAGAACCAAACAAAUCAUCAGGGCGAACGAGUGCAAGGGACUUAUGUCUUUGGUGGAUCACCCAUUGGCUGGAAUUUUCGUACGUGGCCUGGAGGUAAAGCAGUCUACUAUGGCCCUACCAGAGCUGAGUGGCUGGCACGCCAAGCUGCAAAGUGAAAUCUCACUGUCGCGCCGCGAUCUAACAGUACUUCUCUCUUAAGAGUUCCAGAGAUAACGUAGUCUUUUGCUAAUACCCUGCUGGGAUAUAACUGAAUGAUACUAAUAGUACAUGACACUAGAAAGAUGGACUUGUUGGUACCUGGACAUGGUGAAUUGGUGAGGUAUAGCAGUAUUACAUACAUUUAGCGAAGCCUUUUGUUCCGGCUUUA